AUGCUUGGGGAAUCAAAAGCACAGCAAGUUAUGCAGGAAAUUCAUGCUGGAGAAUGUGGUGAACUCCAAGGAAUGAAGUGGUUUUAUCGACAGCUACUGAAUGUUGGGUAUUAUUGGCAUACUAUGAAGAAUGAUGCAUACAACUUCGUGAAGAAGUGCCACAAAGGCCAAGUCCAUUCCAAUCUAAGUCACAAGCCUCCUACGUUGCUGCAGGACAUGCGCACUCCUUGGCCCUUUCACACUUGGGGGCUUGACUUGAUCAGGACAAUCCAUCCCCCCUUCCGAUGGCUACAUAUGGAUCCUUACUGCUACGGAGUAUUUCACAAAAUGGGUUGA